UCGGACCUCCAACCCCUAAACCCUCAAAUUAACACGCUAGAAUUUUCCAUCUCUUUCUCGAGAAAAAAUAGGAGGGAAAGUCAAUCAAAUGGCCACCAGACUCGCCCUUCGUCUCAGAUCCCAUCUCCUCGGCAACCUCCACCUUCAGAAUCCCCCAGCUCCAUCCACUUUUAUAUCUCCGCCGUCGAUCUCUCAUCUCGCGCCACCUCCAAUCGCCGCCAUCAACCAAUUCUUCACUUCCCCGACCAUCCGCUUCCUCUCCACUUCCAUGCGCCGAGUCCCCACCCGACCCAAAAAGGUCGACAUCGGGGCCCGAGCACGCCAGCUCCAGACCCGCCGCCUCUGGACCUACGCCUUAACCUUCGGUUGCGUAGCGGGAUUUGUAGUUUUAGUCCUCAACAAUUUUCAAGAUCAAUUAGUUUUCUACGUUACCCCAACCGACGCCCUCGAAAAAUACACGAAAAAUCCUUCGAAAACGAAGUUCAGACUCGGCGGUCUGGUUCUGGAAGGAAGCGUGGUUCAGCCGGGUUCUUGUAAAGAGAUGGAGUUCGUCAUUACUGAUUUGAUAACCGAUAUUUUGGUUAGGUACGAAGGUUCGUUACCGGAUUUGUUUAGAGAAGGACAUUCCGUUGUUGUUGAAGGAUUUGUUAAGCCUUUCACGGAAGAAAUUAAAAGGGACGUUUCAUCGAGGAGCGUAUCUACGAAAGCAAGGAGCGGCGACUGUUACUUUUCGGCCACCGAGGUUCUUGCUAAGCAUGACGAGAAGUAUAUGCCUCAAGAGGUUGCAGCUGCCAUUGAGAAGAACAAGAAGAAGAUUGAGGAAGGACUGGAAGGAGCUAAGGAAUCGAUAGCUUGACAUUGGUAUGACUGACAUUUUUCUUAUGCUAAUAUUUUGUAAACGUAUUCAUUUUGAUUGGAAAUUUUGUAAACUUAUUGGCUUAGAUUGAAUCAUAGAUUGAAAUUCAAAUUUUCUAGUGGAAUUACAAUAAGAUAGCGAGGAAGAGGAUGAAAUCGAAACACUUGAGGCAUUUGUUUCCUUUUAAUUCUGUUGUUGUACUGCCACGAUUGUGGUCUUUACUUAACUUGAAUAAGAAUGCAUCCUCAAGAAUUUAC